GCGGCUGCUGCGCAUGCGCUGCCGGUCCGGAGAGUUUGGGACGCGCCGGGAAGUUGGGGCUGGGUGUGCCGCCGGCUGCCGUGCCCGCUGUCUCUCCCACUAUGUCGGGCUCCUCCAACGUGGCGGCCAUGAAGAAGGUGGUGCAGCAGCUGCGCCUGGAGGCCAGCGUCACCCGCGUGAAGGUUUCCCAGGCUGCAGCAGACUUGAAGCAAUUCUGUGUGCAGAAUGCACAACAUGAUCCCCUAUUGACAGGAGUAUCAUCAAGUACAAACCCAUUCAGACCCCAGAAAGUUUGUUCAUUUUUGUAAUUACAUGAACUACAUUGGUAUCUUUCAUGGAUCUUUUAGCAUCUUUUCCUAGCUGCUGAUGUGUGUAUGGGCAGAGUGCCUCAAGGAGUGGCCUGUACAAAAGCUUAGCUUUAACGUGCCAAAACUAACUGUACAAUUGCUACUGUCAUCAAACCUCUUACCAUCUACCUCUCCAGAUGAAGUGUAUGCUAGUUACAAUACUUCUGUUUCAAAGGGGAAUCAGUUUUAUAUGCCAAGCAAAAAAAUAAAAGUGUCUUGACUUAGUCUGGUUUUGAAA